AUGCUGAGGGUAAAGCUAGAGAGAUUUUCAUCAUAGCUUAUAAUGGCAAAUGAAUGGAAAAAGAAGUAAUUUUAUAGCAAAUAAAUAAAAUUGGUGCUUGAUAGAUUUAUUAGCAGUCAAAGAAUAUUUAAUAUAGUUAAAAUAAAAAUUUAUUUAGUAAAUAACUUCAUUUAUAUCUUCAUUAGAUAUUUCAUUUUAUAAUUAUAAGCUAUUUAAUUGUUUGAUAAUAGAUUAUAUAUAGAUUUAUUUCUGGAUAUGAUCUCAUAAUAUAGAUCAAAUAACUUUUUAAAAAUCUAUUUUUUUCAAAUACUUAAUUCUAACUCAUAAGAAACAAAAAUGUUUUCAAAAUAUCCUCUAAAUUAAGAAAAAUAAAUCGAAAUACUUUUAUUUUUCAUAUAAAUAAUAAGUUUAUUUUUAUAAAAAUAGGAUUGA